AAGCAAGGGCCAUGGAAACCCGGCUUUGGCAUUCCUUGUGUGCAUACACAUCUCAAGGGUCAUCCCUCGACUUCGGUGCUGCGGAUGCACUGUUUGCUGUUCUACAAGCUUGGGUUUGGAUUAUUUGACUUGCAGGUAGCUGCUAGCGAGGAAAGAGGAGCUCUACAAGCCGGAGGCACUCUGCAGGUAUGAAAUAUCAAUGCCUCAUAAUUUUUCCCUUCUUUAGAUAGAUAGAAACGCUGAUCUUGAGUGUUUUUCUGGAUUUAAACUGAAUACUGUCUCAUUUAAAACUGUUAGUAAAAAUGAGAUGCAGAAAUACCUCAACUGAAUGAAAGCUAGCAUCAGUCUUGCACCUACAAAAAGAGGUUCGUGAAAGUCUACGUGAUCUGGUGUCUUUUGAGUUAAAACAGAAAGAAACACAGAAGGAAGAAGAAGAAGAAAUGACUAGUUCUAAGAGACAGUUGUCAUUCAGAGAUGUGGCCGUUGAUUUCUCUCCAGAGGAGUCUGAAUGCCUGGAUCCUGCCCAGUGGGAUUUGUAUAGCGAUGUGAUGCUAGAGAAUUACAGCAACCUUGUCUCUCUAGGCCUUGCUUUCUCUAAGCCAUAUCUGAUUACAUUUCUGGAACAAAGAAAACAGCCUUGGAAUAUGAAACAACAAGCAACAGUAGCCAUAUACCCAGGAUCAAAACCUUAUAAAUGUAAAGAAUGUGACAAGGCCUUUGGUCGGAACUCACUCCUUAUUCAACACCAGAGAAUUCAUACUGGAGAGAAACCCUACAGAUGUGAACAAUGUGGCAAAACUUUUAGCUGUUCUUCAAGCCUCACCCCACAUCAAAGAAUUCAUACUGGAGAGAAACCCUACAAAUGUGGACAAUGUGGUCAGGCAUUUAACUGUUCUUCACACCUGUAUAAGCAUCAACGGAUUCAUACUGGUGAGAGACCCUAUAAAUGCACAGAAUGUGGCAAAGCUUUUAACUGGUCUUCCAGCCUUACCCAACAUCAGAGAAUUCACACUGGAGAGAAACCCUACAAAUGUGAGGAAUGUGGCUUGGCCUUUAACUGCUCUUCGCACCUGUAUAGGCAUCAGAGAAUUCAUACAGGUGAGAAACUUUACAAAUGCAAGGAGUGUGGCAAGGCCUUUAACUGUUCUUCAUACCUUAAUUAUCAUCAGAUACUUCAUACUGGAGAUAAACCCUACAAAUGUCAAGAGUGUGGCAAAGCUUUUACCAUGGUCUCUUAUCUUACUCGACACCAGAGAAUUCAUACUGGAGAAAAACCCUAUAAAUGUAAAGAAUGUGACAAAGCCUUUAAUAAUUGUUCAGCCCUAAUUCAACACCAAAGAAUUCAUACUGGAGAGAAACCCUACAAAUGUGAAGAGUGUGGCAAAGCCUUUAAUAAUAGUUCAAGCCUUACUCAUCACCAAAGAAUUCACACAGGAGAGAAACCCUACAAGUGCAAAGACUGUGGCAAAGCCUUUAACUCAUCUUCACACCUUAAUUAUCAUCAAAGAAUUCAUACUGGAGAGAAACCCUACAAAUGUGAAGAAUGUAGUAAAGCCUUUAAUAAUUUUUCAGCCCUUAUUCAACACCAAAGAAUUCAUACUGGAGAGAAACCAUAUAAGUGUGAGAAAUGUGGCAAAGCCUUUAAUAAUUGUUCAGCUCUUAGUCAACACCAAAGAAUUCAUACUGGGGAGAAACCCUACAAAUGCAAAGAAUGUUGCCAGGGUUUUAACUGUUCUUCAAAUCUUAAACAACACCAAAGAAUUCAUACUAGAGAAAAACUCUACAAAUAUGAAGAUUAUGGCAAAGCUUUUAGUAAUUGUAAAGCCCUUAAUACCAAAGAAUCCAUACAAACUGGAGAGGAACCCUAUAAAUGCAAACAGGGUGGAAAAGUAUUUAACAAUUGUUUCCCACUUAUAUAGCAACAAAAACUUAUAUAUAAUAGAAACCCUACAAGUUAGAAUAAUGUGGCGAAUCCUUAAUUCUUCAUGCCAUAAACAACAUCAGAGAUUUUUGUCUUGAUGAGAAAGCUUGCACAUAUAAUGUUUUACAACCUUCAGCUGAAAUGUGAUUUCCAUUAACCAUCAAUGAAUUCAUAUUAGGUAGAAACUUCAUACAUGUGAUGACUGGAAGGAGUAUAGUAUAAUAUUCACACUUCAGAAAAGCAAAGUAUUUAUACUACAAAACAUAAAUAAUAAGAAUAUAGCCAAGCCUUUGCUGACAACUCAGAUCUUACCGAAUAUAAGGAAAUUAUUAUAAUAGAUAAGGCCAAUGAAUUUAUGGAAUGUCACAAAAACAUGAAGGAAGACAGACAUGAUGGUACAUGCCUUUAAUCCUGGCACUUGGGAGGCAGAGGUCUACAAAGCAAGCUACAAAGAGAAAGACUGUCUGAAAAAGAAAAAUAAAACCUUGAAGGAUUGCUCAUAAUUUAAUUUACAGGGCAUCAUUAUUUGAUAUAAUGAAAGAAAUAUCACAGACAUCAUAAUCUGCAGAUAACUUACCUUUGUAAGGAUAUCAAUUUGUUGUAAAACCAAAUUUACUAUAUAAUCUCACUUUUUAAACUGAAUGAAACACAGCUCUCAAAUGAUUAUAUCAAAAGAACAAAACUGGUUCUUGAAAGUUAUUUUUUUUUCAGAAACCAUGUUAGAUUUUGAAACAUAGAUUGUGAAAUUUAGUUGUUUUAAUAAAGGUGUUUCUUAA